ACAAAAAAAAUAAAAAAACACUCGCCGGUCCGAACGUUUACUUCCGGGGUGGGAACGAACACUUCCUGUUAUGCACAGGAACAAAAUGAUGGCGACGACCUAAAGCAACGUUUUAGCUUGAUUCUGCUCUCUGAAGUUUUCUCCGUUGGACCUUCAUCCAGAAAAUGACUGAACCACGCAGCCCUGGGAUGUCCUCCGUCCCUCAGGUUAUUCCGACCCACACAGAGUCCAGCUCCCAAGCUGUGGAGAUGGAUCCAGUGGAGUACACCCUGAGGAAGCGUCUCCCCCGGAAACUUCCGAAGAGGCGGAACGACGUCUACGUUAACAUGAAAACAGACUUCCGGGCUCAGCUGGCGCGCUGUCAGAAGCUGCUGGAGAGCGGAGGACACAGGGAAAUCUGCGUCCACGGGUUGGGUCUCGCCAUCAACAGAGCGAUUAACAUCGCCCUGCAGCUGCAGGCCAGCAGUCAGGGAGCCCUGCAGCUGGCAGCCAACACCUCCACAGUGGAGCUCAUAGAUGACCUUGAGCCCGAAGACCCCGACGAAGCGGGGGAGCCCAUGACACGUACGCGUAAUAAUUCAGCCAUUCAUAUCAAAGUUUUCUACCCUGAUCCUCAGUGACGUUGAAAGUGCUACCUGUUAUAUUUGUUUGAAAUUCUUUAUUUUCCCAACUGUUGUUGUUUUUUUUUCUUUAAGCAAAAAGAACCAAGGUCUUGUGGGGCAUUUUUAUGUCGGGACUCAUGGUAAUGGAGCAGGUAAUCCUUGAAGAAGUCAUGUCUUUGUUUAAACUUGUAAUUUCUUUUCAAUUUGUUGUAAUAUAUCUGCCCGAUGUGGAGCAGCAGACAUCUCCACCAGACUAAACACAUGUAAACAUGCACCACUACAGAUGUAUUUCAUUGUAUUGUCCAGUUCGCAUGUUCAUAGAAAUACAACCCUUCUGAAUGUUAAUAAAGGGUACUGCUGUUGAUGUAAAUGUCCACUAGAUGUCAGCAUUUAGCUCCAGUGAGUAAAUAUUUCUAGAUGUUGUCUUUCAGCAGCUAAAUUUCAAUGAAUGCAUUUGGCAAAGUGUUCCUAUUGUCUACAUUAUGGGGUUCAGCAGAGGGUCAGCAAGACUUGAACUGAGUUUAUCUGUUGCUUUUCCUCUGAAGGAUUUCUGGUGUUUAUGUGAUCAAAACUGAUGCAAUGAAGAUUAUGUAUUUGGUUUAAUAAAGAAAAGUUGUUUGAAACUUAA